AUGUCCAAACCAACACGUACCGCCGUCAGCACCAAGGGCGCACCGCUCCCACCCCCAUUCCUCUCCCAAGGGUUGGUCGUCGGGGACGUGGUCUACUGCUCCGGCCAGUUGGGCGCAGACCCAACCACCGGUGAAAUGGUGAAGGGGAGCAUUCAGGACCGAACACGACAAAUCCUACAGAACCUCAAUGCCGUCCUGGAGGCUGGCGGAUCUAGUCUCCGCGACGCAAUCAAGAUCAACAUCUUCCUCACCGACAUGGCUGAUUUCCCGGCUGUGAACGAAAUCUACGACACUUUCUUCUCGGACCCAAAGCCGGUGCGUACUUGCAUCUGUGUCAAGUCUCUGCCCAAGGGAACCGACGUUGAGAUCGAGGCUUCUGGUUUGGUCACGAAGAGUGGAAAUGGACGCAGUUCUAGACUCUAG